GAGCCCGGAUCCCUCCCCGGGGCGGGGGGCUCCAUGGGCGGUAGCCCGGGCUCCGGACUCGGUGGACCUUGGUCCUGGGUACUACUCGGCUCUGUCGGCCUCGGUUUCCCCCUCUGCAAACGGGAUGGCUGUAACUGCUCCUAAGGUGGGUGGGAGGACUGGAGGGCGCCGGGAGGAAGCGCCCAGGGGGCCUGCGGCCGAGCUCUCACCCCGACCGCCGCACGGAAGCCCUAGCGGACGCUCAACGCCGGCGGGAGCGGCUCGCGGAGCGCCCGAGUCCUCCGUGCUGUGUGUGUAGGGCUUCGUUCGAUUUUAGGUUGGCCUUAAAGACAGAGCAGUGUUUUCCUGAAAACCCAGGACCGGCAGAGAGAAGGCUGCCAUGGCUGCUGUUGACAGCUUCUACCUCUUGUAUAGGGAGAUCGCCAGGUCCUGCAAUUGCUACAUGGAAGCUCUGGCCUUGGUCGGAGCCUGGUAUACGGCCAGAAAAAGCAUCACUGUCAUCUGUGACUUUUACAGCUUGAUCAGACUGCAUUUCAUCCCACGCCUGGUGAGCAGAGCAGAUCUGAUCAAGCAGUAUGGAAGAUGGGCAGUCGUGAGUGGUGCGACCGAUGGGAUCGGAAGAGCCUAUGCAGAAGAGCUAGCGAGCCGUGGUCUCAGUAUCAUCCUCAUUAGUCGCAAUCAAGACAAGUUGCAGAUGGUUGCUAAAGACAUAGCUGACACCUACAAAGUGGAAACCGAAGUUAUUGUUGCAGACUUCAGCAAUGGCCGUGAGAUCUAUGACCCGAUUCGAGAAGCCUUGAAAGACAAAGACAUUGGCAUCUUGGUGAAUAAUGUCGGCGUGUUUUACCCCUACCCCCAAUAUUUUACUCAGGUCUCCGAGGACAAACUCUGGGACAUCAUAAAUGUAAACAUUGCUGCGGCUAGUUUGAUGGUCCAUAUAGUGUUACCAGGGAUGGUGGAGAGAAAGAAGGGCGCCGUUGUCACCAUCUCUUCUGGUUCUUGCUGCAAACCAACUCCCCAGCUGGCUGCAUAUUCUGCUUCUAAGGCUUAUUUAGACCACUUCAGCAGAGCACUGCAGUAUGAAUAUGCUUCCAAAGGAAUCUUUGUACAGAGUCUAAUCCCAUUCUAUGUGGCUACCAACAUGACCUCUCCCGGCAGCUUUCUGCACAAGUGCCCAUGGUUGGUGCCUUCGCCAAAAGUAUAUGCACAUCAUGCUGUUUCUACCCUUGGCAUUUCAAAAAGGACCACAGGAUACUGGUCCCAUUCUAUCCAGUUUCUUUUUGCACAGUAUAUGCCUGAAUGGCUCUGGGUGUGGGGAGCAAAUGUUCUCAAUCGUUCUUUACGUAAGGAGGCGUUAUCCUGCAAAGCAUGAAACUUCAUGAUGGUCUGGGAAGUUUUGCCACCUCGUGGGAACCUGCAGUAUUCUGACGUUCGGAAGAACACAUUUAUCUUCUGCAUUUUCUUCUACUCCUGCAUAUUUAGCAUACUGUUGACUCCUCACUUGCAAAGCAUACAUGAUACUUGUAGAGAAUGCUGUGGAAAAACCACAAGGGCCGCAUCACAUGGAUGGCACGGAGCACACACCCGGGUGUGGCUAGGGCACAACACCCGAUCAAGGGAACCUAAAUUGUGAUGCUUUUUCUCCUGUAAGCUGUAUAAAAGCCGUGUGAUUUAUGUUGUUCUUGGAGCUACAGCAAUGACCUGUCAGCAUUUGUAGUUUCACAUGUAGUUUCUUAAGGGAAGUGAUCUAUUUCAGUAGAUGAAUUAUAGUAUUGGUUUUCAAAUGUUCAUCAGGAAAGACCAUUUGAAAGUGUUAUUUUAUGAGUAAGAUCGCUGGUGUAAUUAGCAGUAGAAAUCUGUGUAUGUCGCAUUGUAUAGCUCUGUUUGACUCUGUGUAUGAAAAUGCUGCUCUUCAAGCGAUAGCUCACCAGAGAGCCGUGUGUGUAUGUAUGUUGUGUACAUCUGGGCAACUUUAUUUAUGGGUAAGUCAUUUUUAAAAAGGUGUCUUGUUAAGGUGGCUUAACGUGGAACCUUACGGGGUCUUAAAAUUCUAGCUUAUUCCUUUUCGUAUUAUACAAGCCUACCCAAUUUUGUGCUAUAGGUUUGCCAUGUAUAAUAUACAUUCUGUUGGUUGUUGUUGUUGGGUUUUCUUUUGGUCUGCUGUGGAAUUAAUUCAUUCCUAGAUUUGAACCUAUAAUGGUUGAUCCUCAGUCAUCUCUUGUUUUAUAAUUAUUGUGGAUAAGUAGUGAUUUCUCAGUCUAUGACCCAUUUUAUAACUGAAAUUUAGCCCUUUAGAGCUGGUUAUAUCUGGUUUUCAUACACUUUUCUAUGUGAUAUUCUCUUAUAGCAGCAUUAAUGGAGUAAACAUCAAUGACUUAUGGAAUAGUGGUUAAAAUAUGGAAAAAUUAUGUGUGUGAUAUGAUGUAUGUGUUAAAAUACGUUAGAAGCUCAUUCUUGGUCAGUGUAACAAAUUUAUGCAUCACUGCGAACACUUUUGUUGGUGUGAAGAUCGUUAUGCACAACCCCCUAUGAUAGGGGGUUGGCAUUGACGCCUACUGUGAAAUAAAUGUUUUUGGUUCAGAUCUUCUAAAGCCACACAUUUUUGAGGACCACUCUCUAGUGCUUCGGCAACUGUAAAUCACUGUAUGAAUAUGACAAUAUGUGCAAGUUAAGAGUUUGGGGUUUAUUACUGUUACACUGAUGCAGAAACUAGUAAAUUGGCUGAAAUCAGGACUUCUAUGGAAUUUUCUUCUGAGAUGGUAUUCCAUUAUGAGUUAGGCCUGAGCAUACUUUUAUGUCAUACCCACAAUUUUGUCAGUGCUGUUGCCUUAGUCUUUCCAGAUCUGACUUGGACUUAGAAGAUCAGUGGUUGAAUUCAGAAGCUCUUCCACGUAUAGACCAGGCCUUCAUUACACAAAAGGAAGACCUUUUGAUGUGAAAAACCUGCUAGCGGUGUUACACAGCAUGUGAAGCUGUUGAUGAAAUGAGCUUGGAGGCCUUCAUUUUGUUACAUGAGGCAAUUUUCCCUCACCCAACAAUUAACGUAUGGUCAUUAAGACUAGAAAAAAAUUGACUUCCUGUCACAUCGACCUGAAUUGUAAUUGAAAUGUAGUAAGAAGCAGCAACUUUAUGUAAAUGCACCAUAUUUAUAUCUAAGGUGUUAUGUGGCUUAGCAGUGUUAUAUUUAUAGGUUACAUAUUGAGUCACUGUUACGUGAUGAGAAUAAGUAAAUCGCAACAGUGAUGUUUUCAAAUUCUUUACUUGGCAGGACAUGUGUAAAUAAGCUGCUGGGUGCAAAGCUAGUGAAAGAUCAAAACCAAAACUCUUAUUAGGUUUCCUCUGAUAAAAUACUUCUUCCCAGAGCUUGAGAAUCAUCAUUGGGCCACUGUGGAUGGGGUUUCUUAUUAGGAAUGGGGGAAAUUAAUAACCUUUGAAACAAUCUGUGAACUGAAAACUGAACAAUAAAAGCUGUUGCUUCUGC